UUUACAAGUUACUUAGUUCACUUGUAAUGUGCGAGUUCCAUAUGUCAUUUGAAAGAGGACAUUAAAAGCUAUAUUGGAUACAUUUUCACAUACGUCCAAAUCGCGGGACCAGAGGGACCUUUGAUCUGAAGGAUAUCCUGUCUCAGCAGGAAUAUUAAACCAAAGCAGGAAACCAGCUGAAUGCUAGGAAGAUGGAAGGUUCGAGUGCAGAAGCAGCACUAAGUGUUAGUGAGAGCAGCAUCAGAAUCACUGAUGUGACUCAGGAUGGAGAUGUUUUGACGUUUGCUAUCACAUCCCAGAAAUUGAGCAGCAGUGCUGGGGUGUGUGUUUUUCGAAUAUAUGAGGACUUUGACUGGCUUCAACAGAGUCUAUUCUCACAAGAAAAUCUUCCUGGACUUCAGGGAAUUAUAUUUCCACCCUUGCCCUCUAAAGCCCUUCCGUCGCAGUCAAACACCCAGACUAAAGCACUCAAACAACUGGGGUUCCUGGCUCUAGGACAGGAUUGGCAGAGUUACUGUAAGGCGUUGGAGUUUUAUCUCCAGCAGGUGGCAGCACACCCAAGUCUCUGCAAGUGCAAAGCACUGGAAAGCUUUCUUAUUAACUCUGAGUCUCCUGGAAAACAGCGAGGCAGGAAAGGAAUCUUUAAUCGCCUCAGUCAGGCCGUGGAAGAGAUGAGGAAGGAAAGUCAUAAGGACGUGGACAUCUUCUUUCAGAAUGAGAGAAACAAAAACACUAAUCUUGCCGCUUUGUCAAAGAUUGCCACAGAGAAAUUACUUGAUGUUGUGAUGACAGAGCAAAAGCUUGCUUUGGCCUGUGGACAUUUCUCCACAUCUCUGCAUCUCUGUGUGAAUCAGGACGAUGAAGCUGCUGUGGCUUUCUCCAAGGUUUGUCUGAAGCUGUCAGAUGUUAUUGAGGCAGUAAAGCGGAAUUUUGAGAAAGUUGCCAGUAACAAUCUGACCACUCUUGGUUUGGGUCUGGACCUGGAGUCUCGCUACCAAGAAGCAGAGAAAGAGAUGCUCUUCAGAAGAACCUGUAAACUGAUAGAACUGGAAACAGUUAAGAAGAGUACAGAAAAAGCCAAGGCCAAUAAAAGAGAAGUGAUGGAAGCAUUUCAAAAAGCAGUUGAGAAAGAGUUCAACCUGAUCUCAUCUGUGGCUAAACAAGAGAUCGAGCGUUUCAAUAGCUCCCGCGUGAAUGUGCUGAAGAACUUCCUGGUUGACUGGAGUGAACUACAGCUGAACACAGCGAAGGAGUUUGCUGAGCUCUACUCUCAGCAUCUGGAAGCUUGCAGAAACAUGUACUCAGAAUGAAUGAAACAAACACGCUGUAGAUCAUAACAAUAAACCUGCUGAUGUCAUCAAAUUUUUUUUCAAGGCCGCUUAAAAAAAAGCAGAUGCUUAUUUUCAAAUUAUCAGAGUUUUCUCUUUAUUCUGAAAUCUUUUUCAUCACUAGUCCCUUUUAAUUUGAUUGUACUUAUUCUUCUCCAGUCUAAUUUAAAAACCGAUGUAACUUUCAGUUCCACAAUUCUAGAUUAGGCUACAGAUUUGGUGAACUUUGUCCUGUGUGAGUUUGCAAUAAAGCAAUAAAAACCAUGA